AUGACAUACUGGGCAUAUCAAGUCGAGUUGUUGGAAAAGAUAUUGCCGUUCUUGGAAGACAGACAUGUGCUGGUGAUUCACUUCCGUGGAAUGGAGGGGGAUUGCAGUACAGAAGCGUUUCUCUUGCUCCUCUAUGUCCUGAAGAGGUAUGUGCGGACGCAUCAUCCGAUACAUCUGCAUUGUUUCACUGGCAACAGGUAUGUCCAGGAUCGGUGGCUAGAGAGAUUCCCAGGGACAUACUUUGGGUUCAACAACGAGGUGAGGAAAUUCUCUUCGGACCAGCUCGAGGCACUACAAAAUGUUGAAGAUAGUCGCCUUCUCCUGGAGACGGAUGCUCCUUAUUUUCCAGCACCUGGAUCCAGAGUAUCGUCACCCAGCCAGAUAUCCACAGUGGCCGAAGCGGUGACAGCACUUCGGGGAACUACUGUGGAACAUGUGUUGGAAAUCUCCGUGGCCAAUGGAAAACAUCUUUACAGGUCCCAGUAG